UCGGAUAUCAACGAACGUGGUGAGUUACUUUUCAAUUACAUUUUAUGUACUAAAUUGCUGUUAUGUAAUCGUGGGAACGAUCCUACUUUUAUAAUCAGGAAUCGUCAGGAAGUUCUUGACAUCACCCUAGUCUCAGAUUGUUUAAUAGAUAAGGUGGUUCAAUGGAGAGUAUUAGAGAAGCACUCCUUCUCAGACCAUCGCUAUAUUGAAUUAAUAUUAGAAGAAGAAAUCCCUCAACCAACUAGUUUUAGGAAUUACAGGAGGACCAACUGGCAGGUGUAUAAUUACGAGUUGGAGAGAAAUCUUCCCGAAAUUCCCCCUUAUUAUCCAGAAAACGAGGAAGAAUUAGAUAAGCUAGUCAAUUUGUUUACCGGAACAUGUUGUAAAGCGCUAAAUAAGUCUUGCCCUCUUGUCAGGCACAAGGGGAAGACAAAACCCCCAUGGUGGUCCUCAGAACUUAGCCUUCAUAAGAGUGUAUGUAGAACACUAUUUAAUAAGGCGAAAUACUCUAAUUUGGAAGACGAUUGGGACUUCUAUUAUGAGCAACUCAAAGUCUAUAAAAAAGAGUUGAGGAAAGCAAAAAGAUCUUCAUGGAGGUCGUUCUGUGAGGAUAUAGAAACUACAGCGGAAGCUUCUCGCUUAAGAAAGGUCUUGGCUAGAUCAACGACAUCUAUUGGCUUUUUACAGAAGCCAGACAACGGCUGGACGACUUCUACCAAGGAGUCGCUAAGUUUACUAUUAGAUACCCACUUUCCGGGGAGCUCUGAAGUCUAUAACUCGGGUCCUACCCGAACUUGCAACCCCAGAGUAUCAGAAUUUGUGAUUAGCUCAGAUAUCUCAGACAUAAUCAAUGGAACUAAUAUUACUUGGGCUAUAGGAAAUUUUAAGCCGUAUAAAUCGCCAGGCCCUGAUGGGAUAAUACCGGCACAACUUCAGCAGCCUCUGGCUCAUAUCACAAGGUGGUUAGUAACCAUUUUCAAAAGUACUCUUCAGUUAAAUCACACUCCCUCAGCAUGGAGGGAGGUUAAGGUCAUUUUUAUCCCGAAGGCAGGUAGAAGCUCGCAUACCAAACCUAAGGACUUCAGACCGAUUAGUCUAUCAUCUUUUCUACUGAAAACAUUAGAAAAGCUGAUUGACUCGGUUAUCAGGAACAGCAUACCCCACUCACGUCUGUCCAAAUCGCAACAUGCCUACUGUAAAGGAAAAUCUACAGAGACGGCCCUAAACUCACUGGUCACAUCAAUUGAAAGCUCAUUUGAAGUUAAAGAUUAUACACUGGCAGCCUUUUUAGAUAUCGAAGGAGCUUUUAACAAUAUCCUGCCUAAGGUCAUAACGAACACGCUGUCAGACCUGCGCAUUUCCGGAACCUUUGUGAAUUUCAUUGAGCAGUUGCUUACGAGCAGGUUCGUGAACUCGACGUUGGGCUCUUCGGUGAUGCGCAGAUCUGUCUGUAGAGGUACUCCUCAAGGCGGGGUACUUUCUCCUCUUCUGUGGAAUCUAGCAAUGAACAAGUUGUUGUUGGAUCUGGAGGAGAGGAGAAUUAAGGUUGUGGCCUACGCGGACGAUGUAGCUAUAUUAAUAAGGGGGAAGUUUCCAGACACCCUCUGCAGUCUAAUGCAUAGAACCUUAAAAUAUGUGGAUACUUGGGCCAAAACAUGUGGUUUGAGCCUGAAUGCGGCCAAAACGGAACUAGUGUUGUUUACAAGGAAAUAUAAAAUUCCCGACUGUCGGCCUCUGACACUCAACGGAACUCUUUUGCUGGUCGGUGAAAAGGCCAGGUACUUAGGUUUAACCCUUGACAGGAAACUUUCAUGGAAGCUGAAUGUUCAGGAAAGAAUAAAGAAGGCUGCUACGGCGCUUUAUUCCUGUAAGAGAACUGUAGGCUUAAAAUGGGGAUUAGCCCCCAAAAUAGUUCACUGGCUAUAUACGGCCAUUGUCAGACCAAUUAUGACCUACGGAGUCCUGGUCUGGUGGCCAUCCCUUGAUAAGAAAACUUCCAUUAAGAAACUAGAUAGUAUUCAGAGGGCGGCAAGCCUCAGUAUUACUGGGGCGCUCAAAACAACGCCAACUUCGGCUCUAAGCGUUAUGUUGCAUCUAUUACCAAUUGACCUAUAUUGUAGACAACUGGCCGCCAAAGCGGCUCUAAGAUUGAGGGAAUCAUCGAUGCUCAAGACAAACAAAUGGGGACACUCGCGCAUACUUGGGAUGUUUCCAGGUAUUCCUAAUACCACCGACUUUUGUGACUCGGUGAAUACAUACCUAGACAGGCCUUAUACAGUCCAUUUUCCAUCCAGAGAGGAAUGGGUGAAUGGGUUAACAAACAACGAAAACGGGGUUAGUAUAUAUACGGACGGCUCAAAACUCAAUGAUCAAGUGGGAGGUGGUGUAUAUUCGGAAACUAUUUUCGCCAAUUUAUCCUUUCGCUUACCUGAUCAUUGUAGCGUAUUCCAGGCCGAAAUCCUGGCAAUCUCAGAAAGCCUUUUAAUGCUAAAUAAAAGCGUAGUCACUGUUAGAGAUAUCUUCAUUUAUUCCGAUAGUCAGGCAGCUCUGAAAUCGCUUCUAUCAAGCAAACACUCGUCUAAGACAGUAAAGGAGUGUUACAAAUUAUUAACAACACUUGCACAGUACUUUUCUAUUAAUCUACUCUGGGUGCCAGGACACAGUAACAUUAUAGGUAACUGUAAGGCAGAUGAGUUAGCUAGAUUAGGCUCCUCGCUCCAAAUUAGUCAGGACAGGCUUGACAUACCUAUGCCCUUGGCAACAUGUAAACUUUUGAUAGACAGAUACACCAUUAGUGCUGCUAACUCCAACUGGAGGCAGUUAAACACCUGCGCUAUAAGUAGGCUAGCGUGGCCCGAAUGGAACAUGGGUCCCACUAAGAGUCUACUUAAGUUAGUUCGAAGUGCAGAAACUAAAGAGAAGAUAACAACAUGUAUACCAAAUUGUAACAAAACACAAUGCAACACAAAGCAACACCAUGCAACUGGUUAUGGUUACGGUGGAAACCAAAAUUCAAUUGGUCAUGGCUAUGGUUAUGACUACGCACCAACAAGCACGGCACGUUCGCCAAAUCAGGAAUUCGCCACUCAGUCAGCCGAUGUCUGUAAUUUGACGACUUCGCAGUUGGCAGCACGACAAUGCGUGCCAAAAGACUUGCUGGUAUCUAGCGAUAACGCUCAAGAGUAG